CUAGUGCCAAUAAAGUAAGUGGUAAUGAUAUAGUUAAACUUGUGCUACACUGUGGGGGAUAUGUUAAACUGUUUAUGUGCUAAAUGUUUUUGUGAAAUUAGCUUUUUGAAAAAAACAUCUUUCUUUUGGUGAAGUGAAGGGCUCUCCCUGUGGCUGUCACUCAGGUUUGAUGCUGCUGCAGCUUCCUGUAUUGACGGCGCACCAGUAACCAGCCGAAGAAGCCUUUAGUGGUUCUGCUUGCCUCAGAAUUCCCCCCAAUCUGAAAGACGCAGGGGGUGUUAACAUUACGGAGGGACACCUGACUACUCCCGGUGGUAAAAGAAAUACAUGAUUUUUAAAAACGUGGCGGUCUCGCUGCUGCCUUUUUCCGGUAGUUGCUACUAGCUAGCAGCACUAGCGAGGUGGCUAAUGCUAGGUGGCAGCAGCAGGUAGUUAACCUCUUUGAAGCAUACACAUUACAAUGUUCUCACUCCUAAUUCUGUAGGUACACUGAGAAACAAGCAGUCUGAUAAGAGCACAUCGUAAUGUUACGUUUUAGCCCAACAUUGGACUGACAUGCUCUUGGAAGUGUAAUCCACUCGCUUACGUUAGCAAGCUAGCCACCCUGUGUCAAUCCUGUUGCUUUACGAGCGAACAAGGAAGCAAAGACGACUUUUACUGAACAGCACAGCUCAGUGAACUUUUUUUGGACCACAUUUGAGAUUUGGACAGUUUUUUAUUUUGGAGAUGGCUCCCAAACGAAGACCCGUUCCGCUGAACAUAACGCCCAUUGGAGAAGGACAGGCCACCUCGAACACCGUUGAUGCUGCAUCUGAAGCAAACCUAGAGGACUUACAGAAGAAACUGGGAGAGCUUGACCUGGAUGAGCAGCAGAAGAAACGACUGGAAGCCUUCCUCACCCAGAAAGCCCAGGUGGGAGAGCUCAAGGAUGAGGACUUUGACCCCAUUUGCGAGCUGGGUGCCGGCAACGGAGGGGUGGUCAACAAGGUCCGCCACAAGCCAUCGGGUCUGGUCAUGGCGCGCAAGUUGAUCCACUUGGAAAUCAAGCCGGCCAUCAGGAACCAGAUCAUCAGAGAGCUACAAGUCCUGCAUGAAUGUAACUCCCCAUACAUCGUGGGCUUCUAUGGCGCCUUCUACAGCGACGGCGAGAUCAGCAUCUGUAUGGAGCACAUGGAUGGUGGUUCGUUGGACCAGGUUUUGAAGGAAGCCCGAAAAAUUCCAGAGGAAAUCCUGGGAAAAGUUAGCAUAGCUGUUUUGAGAGGUUUGGCUUACCUGCGAGAAAAGCACCAGAUCAUGCACAGAGAUGUGAAGCCCUCCAACAUUCUGGUCAACUCUCGCGGGGAGAUCAAGCUGUGCGACUUUGGUGUGAGUGGCCAGCUCAUAGAUUCCAUGGCCAACUCCUUUGUUGGAACGCGUUCCUACAUGUCGCCGGAGAGACUGCAGGGCACUCAUUACUCUGUUCAGUCCGACGUGUGGAGCAUGGGCCUCUCCCUGGUGGAGCUGGCGAUCGGCCGCUACCCCAUCCCCCCACCAGACGCCAAAGAACUGGAGGCCAUCUUCGGACGGGCUGUUCUGGACGGGAGCGAGGGAGAGCCUCACAGCAACAUGCAGAGGCCCAGACCACCAGGGAGGCCCGUGAGCGGACAUGGGGUGGACAGUAGACCUGCUAUGGCCAUUUUUGAGCUUUUGGACUACAUUGUGAAUGAGCCUCCUCCCAAACUGCCACUCGGUGUAUUCACUAACGACUUCCAAGACUUUGUCACAAAAAGCUUGAUUAAAAAUCCAGCCGAGAGGCCCGAUCUGAAGAUGCUGACUAGUCACAUAUUCAUCAAGCGAUCCGAAGUGGAGGAAGUCGACUUUGCCGGCUGGUUGUGCAAAACCAUGGGCCUCAACCAGCCCAGCACUCCCACCCGCAGCACUGAGUGAAGGCCCCCCUCUCACACCCUCACAUCAGCACUGCCUCAUCUCUGGAUCGUUUUUGCUUGCAUACACAUAGGUUAUGUUGCACACUCACAAGCCGUCACACACAUGGCACUUUUCUCGUUGUUUUGGGCUUCAAACGAUUUGUGGCUUCCUCUCAUGUAUCUCUUCACCAGCAGCAGGGCUCUCAAGUGGUCUUACUAUCUGUAAACCAAUGCUUCACCAGGCCAGUGUCAUGUUUUCACUGCACUGCACUGCGGUGGGGUGGAUGUAAAGCGCUGAGGGGGGCUGCCAGUAUGUGAUUGUUUUAUAUUAGAUCGUCUGUAUGAAUCUUUUCUAUGGCAACAGAUGGUGGCUGAUGGGGUUGUAUUUUAAUAAAUGACCCACUGUGGAGAUCUGAUGGUGGAACCUACACAUAUUAUCUUGCUUAAUAGGCUCAAUGCAUCAAUUUUCAUUUACAGACCCCUUUAGUCAAACGGAUGACCCGAAAUCAUCUGCCAUGUUGUAAUUUAAUUUGUUGUUGAUAGUGCAGAGGAGAUGGGCACAUCCACAGUCACUUUUUGGUGUCAUCACUCAGAGGAUCACUUUAUGAACAAUGUCACAAACCAAAGAGGGUACUCGCGCUUAACACCUGAUCAUUUUUUAUUUUCUUCUCGAGUCUGCACAUUUGUGAACAGUAUAGCAGAGCACUUUGGAUGAAACAUGGACAUGUUUCAUUCAUUUCCAGUUGCGCUGGCAUUGUUUCCUCAUACAUUUCAGUCUCCCUCUCAUGGGGGGAGGGAGGCGCCCACUGCAGAGGUCUAGAAAUAUACCACAAUUUCUUUUGAUAAAACAAUGAUCAAAAUGUAUUAAUGGGAUGCUGUAGCAUGGCUUAUCUUUCUUAUUACUGUAUGUGUAUUUUGUUUCACUGUGCGGAUGAUCAGAUGGUGUUUUGAUGAGAACCCUCUGUAUCAAUAUGAAACUUCAAUCAUUUGAUCUUGGUUUUUUUUGGCUAAGAUUUUUUUUUUUUUUUUUUUUUAUUCCCUCCCCCUUCCUGAGGUGUGUGGUUCCCACUGUACUGCAAAUGUGUGUCUGUCUCUCUCGGGAACAUUCAGCAGAAUUGGGCUGAAAUACUAUUUGAACACCUUUUAACCAAGCUGCAAUAUAAUUACAAGCUGACUUCCAGUGGAACCUAAGCUUAAAGCAAAUAUUCAAGUAGUACAAAAAAUUGGGUUUAGACUGACAGUUCUAACCCAGGUCAGUGUCGGUUACACGGUGGUGUUACUGCUAGCCUGCUGUUACUCCCUAGAGCGCUUGUAUUUUUCUCUGCUUUUUGGCUGCCCCGCCCCCCAACAACGUGCAUUCGUUCAGAGCAAAAUGGAUGCAUUGUCACUCGUAUGUGUACAAAUAUACAAAAAAUACAGUACUAUUUUGCAGUCUUAAUAUACAAUUUAUUUGAUUUAUGUUAAUGACAAGGAAAAGAGUCAUUUAUUAUUAUAUAAAACUG